GCUAAACCGCACGUUAGUGUUCAUUGUUUACAAAUUUUUCCUUGCGCCAGAGCAGAUUGUAACGUGUUUAAAAAUUUAAAGUAUAAAUUCAUUUAAAUUUAAUAGUCGAUAGUUCUCUGUGGUUUUUCUAAUCGACAGUGCACUAUGGAGAUACCCUUGGAAUCAACGGAUCACAUCAUUCCAGAAAUAAAAUAUGAAUACUUGGAUCACACAGCUGAUGUUCAGUUACACGCGUGGGGUGACUCUUUGAAAGAAGCGUUCGAACAAUGUGGAAUGGCUAUGUUCGGUUACAUGACGGAGCUGUCAACCGUAGACAUCAGCAAAUGUUACGAAAUUCAGACCGACCCUACGGACGAUGUGGAAAAUUUGCUGUUCCGGUUUUUGGACGAGUUGUUGUUCCUGUUUUCGGCUGAGCCAUUUUUGAUUUGCAAAAAGUUGGAGAUUACCAAGUUUGAGAUGGAGCCAGAAAACUUCCGCAUCGUAUGUCGAUGUUAUGGGGAGGAAUUCGAUUUGAAUAAGCAUCCUCAAGGAACGGAGGUUAAAGCGAUUACGUAUUCGGCUAUGCAGAUCAAUCAAAAGCCCGAACAUGAGAAGAAUGAAGUGUUUGUUAUAAUUGAUAUUUGAGACAUGAUUUUGUUGUUCGAAUAAACACCAGUUUUCUUUUAUAUUUUUUU